ACACCCUCUCACCUCUCACCGCACUGCAUGGUGCAGACUGUGGGCAACACCACAACAGCCCGCCGGUGACAUCGUGGCCAGGUCGUAGCAAACUCCUUCUCCAUGUCCAGAAAUCCUUCCUUGCUGUGCAAGAGAGUUUGUCUCGCCGACAGUCGCAGUGUCGAACAUCGCCUUGAUGAUUCGCUAAUAAACAUGCUCCAACACUGCUGAAACCACUCACGCCUCGACUGCGACACGAUCACGCAACUUCUUAAUACUCGAAGCGCCCGUCUGCGCGCCGUCAUGUGUUUUUCUUGUUACCAUCAUUUCUUCCGCUCAUUCUUCAGUGCCUGAUAGUUUGCGUUGAUCGAGUAGUCCUUUGCAGAGCACGGUGGACGCUCAACUUCAUCUUCUCUCUCUCGCUUUUAUUCCAUCCGCUAGACACAUCACAACGUACCAACUCUCAACAUGCCGACCAAGCUUAUGCUGGUUUUUGUGGCAGUAGAUUUGCUUUUCGCAGGAUGUGGAGGAUUGAUCCUAGCCUUCUCCCUAAUAUCCGAGCGACUGGUGCUGGACACCCCAACAGUCGGCAACGUCACUCAGAAUUUGCUGCUCGGCCAGUGCCCUUUAACAGCUGGCGUGGUCAAUGCGAUCUUCGUGUUCGCUACUUUCUUGUUCUCUCUCCCAGCACUGUUCCUUCCCACUAAUCGAGGUUGGCUCCGCGCCCAGGGCUGGCUGGUAGUCAUUUGCGCAACCUAUACGCUUAGUCUGGGUAUCGCCAUCUGGGUAGAAACGCUACAGAUCCGACGUAAUCUCAGCGUUCUCUGGGGGAGGGAGACGCCGCAGAUUCAGAGUUUGUUACAACAGAAAUAUGACUGCUGCGGAUACGUCAACUCGACCACACCCCCUUUUAUCCAGGACAGCACUUGUCUCAAUACACUCGUCGCGGAAUUGAAGGGUGGGUGUGUUGGCAAGUUCUCUUCGGCUUCGAACAGAUAUCUUGACCAAGUCUUCACCGCGGCGUUUGGUGUCGUCGGUGUGGAUGUCAUCCUCGUGCUCUGUGUUGCUAUGGUCCUCAAGCACAGAAUGGAGCAGGAACGCUACAGACACAUUGAUGAGAAGAACGGAGACCGAUGAAAGAAGGUAGCCAAGCGAGAUUUUGAAACUAGAUCAACUGCGUUGAUUCUGACCAGUUCGAUUUCUCUCACACCUUGAAUUUGAUUGAGAAAAUGGCAAUGGGAGUUCAGCGGUGCUGACAACCUGGAGUGUUCGUGCAUCUAUCUUCCUUUCAUAGUUCGUCUUUUCUGCGCUUAGCGAUUUGUGAGAUACUAGCAUACCAAUUCCGCACAGAAGAUGGAGCCCUGGAAAAGACUAUCUUCACCAGUCGAGGUAGAAACCUUAACUAAAUGUUUUGUAACACCAUGAGAUGGUAAUGGCAAGCCAUCUUCAUUCAUGGUAACAAAUGCGAAUUUAGACUUUCGUCACCGCC